GGUUUAAAUGUGCAACCUGUCCUGUUGUUUGUGAGAUCAGCUGACUAAGAUUUGGUUGCUAGCAGCGAUUAGCUGCGCUGAAUAUAUUUGGCAACGCAACUGUUGUUCAGUUAGCGUGGGCUUCGAUGCCUGCAAGGUGCACGAAGCUUAAAUUUUGAUAUAAUUUAGCCACCAAGUUGGCCUUAUUCAUGCCACUGCCAUAACCUAACGUUCCUCAUAGCUGUUAAGCCAGCCUCCGCUUGGGUCACGCAAGCAACCAGCGUUGUUUUUCAUGUAUUUAUACUAAGCAUUACGGUAGUGUAAGAAAUACCUUAACGAUAAAAGCGCUUCUGGGGAAUUGGAAUAUAUAUAUAUAUAUAUACUCCCUUCAAACUUAGUGACUUGCGUGUAACGAGAUCGAUUAAGAGUUUUAAUAUUUCAAUUCAACACCAGACUGUUAUUGUGCGGGAGACACCGAGAGGCAGCUUUUAUGUUAAAAGCAGCACUUACCGUAAUGCUUAGUAUACGCAGGUACACCACGGCCAACAAGAACAACAAAUAAAACAACGCGGGUGGUAGCCCGUUAUUUGGCAGUAGCUGCAGGCUUGAACGCUGUGGUUUCUUUGCGUGUGCAGAAAUGACUUCUCAGAUCCGUCAAAACUUCCACCAUGACUGCGAGGCUGCCAUUAAUAGACAGAUAAACCUGGAGCUGUAUGCCUCUUAUGUUUAUCUCUCUAUGGCAUACUAUUUUGAAAGGGAUGAUAAAUGCCUGCCAAAUUUUGCAAAGUUUUUUCACAAUCAGUCCAAAGAAGAGGUUGUGCAUGCAGAGAAGCUGAUGACCUUCCAGAACAAGCGGGGAGGCAAAAUAUUUCUGCAAGACAUCAGGAAACCGGAUAGAGAUGAGUGGGGGAGUGGCGUGGAGGCCUUGGAGUGUGCCCUGCAGCUGGAGAAAAAUGUAAACCAAUCCCUGCUGGACCUGCAGAAAAUGGCCACUGAACACAACGACCCUCAUAUGUGCGACUUCAUAGAAACACAUUUUCUGGACGAGCAGGUAAAAUCCAUCAAACAGCUCGCCGACUGGACCUCAAACCUACGCCGGAUGGGAGCCCCUCAGAGCGGCAUGGCUGAGUACCUCUUUGACAAACACACCAUGGCUGAAGAGGGCAGUUAAAUUGAGGCACAUGUGAUCAUGGGUAAUUCUGCUGCAUGUCUGCCAAAUACAGUAUAUACUGCAUAUGUUAUAAAAGAAUGCUGCUUUAUUUGUGUUCAUUAGCUGUUAGCAGAGGCUGUAGCGCAGACUGGAGUUGUGUAACCCUCACCUCACACUAAGUGCAGUGUGUAAAAAAAAAA